AAACAUGAAUUGUGAAUAUUAAACUGUUUUUUCUUCGCCGCCUGACUUCCUCCCACGGUGGGGGGUGGUGAUGCUGAGCUCCGCGGGGAUCGCAUCAUUGCUUUAAAGCGCAGGCAGACGGAGCGCGCGCACUGGCUCGGGCGCACAGCGAUGUAACUUGUUCCACCUGAGGGAAACACUGUGUCGCACUUUGUGCCCUUUCUCACAAACUUACAUAAAAUCAGAAUAACAGUGGACUUGGAGUUGAAGGAUCUUAGUUUGGUCAUCAUGCGGCGCUCUGGCAGCGUGCUGUAGUCAUCACGCCCUGAAGCUGCAGCCAAACCCCAUGCUUGGUAGUAGACCUGGACCACAAAAGAGGUUUUCUCCUUUCUGAAAAUUUAUCAGAGCUCUCACAUGAAGCAACGAGUUCCUGAGAGUUCCAGUUUAUUGGAGAGACUUCGCGCCAGCCAGCAGGAGUCCAAUCGGCGAUAAUUACCGGCACGGAAACAUGAAUGUUUCUCUCUUCAACUUGACCCAAGAUGCGAUGCUUAACGGAAGCCAGACGCUCGCUGGAGCUCUGGCUACAUAUUCCGGCAAUGGCACGGACAGCGUGGUGACGGGAGACAGCGGAGGCUCUCUGGUGCUCCUGCAAGACGAGCGCAAACUCUUCGUCAUGCGGGUGGUGCAGAUCGCUGUGCUGUGCGUCCUGUCUCUCACUGUCAUGUUUGGAAUUUUCUUCCUCGGCUGCAACCUGAUGAUCAAAUCAGAGAGCAUGAUUAACUUCCUGGUGAGAGAACGGAGACCCUCCAAAGACGUGGAAACGGUUAUGAUCGGGCUUGGCUAGAUGGCCACAUGUGGAGGAUCCGGGGAUCUGGUGCGGAUUUCAUACCUUGGGUCAGAAUCUGCAUCUUCGUCCAAGAAAGGAAAACAUAUGCAAACAUGUCAGAUUUCCUUCCGAAAUGACUACGGGAAAGUAGUUCAACGACUAUGUUUGUGCGUAAAGUUCGUGCGUAAAAUCAAGGCAGUUGUUUCCACGUUUUCACAGAUCCUAUUUUAAGUGACUUGAACAGUGCCAACUUGAACAGAUCAACCACAAUGUUUACAAGCUGUUACCUCAUGUUAUUUGUUCUAUUUUUAGAAAUGAAAUUGACCAAAAGCAUGAUUGUGAAAGUUCCACGCCUGCAAGUGUAACCCGUGGACGUGCUGUGGGUGAUAUUUUCUGGAGAAGAAACGUAUUUUUAUUGGUGACGCUGGGUAAAAAAUUACAUUCAGAUAUUUUGUAGGUUUUUCCUGCAGCUUUAUGGGGUGAUUGUGAUCCUGUUUGGCAUGCUCGCUGACUGAUCUGUGAAGUGAUUUUUGACACGUUUUGCCCUUUUGAAAGUUCUGAUGCUGCAUGAAAUAUUUUGUACGAAGUGACUGAAACAGCUGCAUGGAAUUAAAAUAUUGAAAUAAACAUGAUCAGUUUUGUCAUCUCUA